AUGAGUGUCUUUGCAUUGACAUCGGCUGUUGAUGAGCGAAUGAUGGUUGAGAAAAGACCGGUGUUACUUUCAAGAUAUGGUCGAGCAGGAGUUUUGAGUGGAAAAGGAAGAGGAGGAGUGGGAGGUGUUGGAAGAGUGCGUGAAUGGGGUGAUGAAAAAAGAUGGGCAGAUAGAAAAAGAUUGUUUACCCAUCAUCUAUCCCCAUCACCUAUUCAACCAAAUCAACCAAUUCAUCGUUUCUUCUCUUCAAAUCCCAUCGAUUCACCCCCGAUUCCCUUACUUCCAACACCGCCACCCCGAGUUGCACGACGAGCCGUGCUGUCAAGAUAUGGCAAGAGAUCUGCUCCUCCAGUUCCACCAAUGGAGGGUGAACAAGAGAACGACUUGUUACUGUGUCGUCGUUUCCAAGGCCAACUUCUUUGUACACCGCACAAUUCGGUACAUCAA